AUGGGGGGGAGAGCAGCAGCAGCUGCUGCUGCAGCAGCAGCAGAGACGCAUGCUUGUUGCUGCAGCAAGAGCAGCAGCAAGCUGCAGCAGCAGACACAGAAGCAGCAGAAGAACCCUAGAUUUCAGCUGCAGCAGCAGCAGCAACCAGCAGCAAAUACUCCACCACAAGCUGCUCCUGCAGCAGCAACAGCUGCAGCUGCAGCAACUGCAGCAGCAGCAGCAGCAGCAGCAGCAGCAGCAGUGGAUGCAGCGCAGCGGCAGCAGCACAGCACGGGGGGUCCAGGGGGAGGCCCCCUGGCGGCGGGGAUCGCCGAUCCCCAGGAGGAGACCCCACACAGCCCACGCAGCCAAGCGCAGCAGCAGCAGCAGCAGCAGCAGCAGCAGCAGCAGCAGCAGCACGCAUAUGGAGCUGCCUAUACACCCCAGCUGCAACAGCAGCAGCAGCAGCAGCAACUGCUGCUGCAAUAUGGAGCUGCCUAUACACCCCAGCUGCAACAGCAGCAGCAGCAGCAGCAACUGCUGCUGCAGCAGCAGCAGCAACUCCUGCAGCAGCAGCUGCUGCAGCCCCCUCUAUCCGUCAGCUCAGUAGGCUUCCCUUUGAUGCAGCCGCAUCCUCUCGCGCAGCAGCAGCAGCAGCAGCAGCAGCUGCAGCAGCAGCAAGUGCCGCUGCAGCAGCUGCAGCAGCAGCAAAUGCCACUGCAGCAACUGCAGCAGCAGCAGCAGCAACUGCAGCAGCAGCAGCAGCAGCAGCAGUGUGAGGUUGAUAAAGAGCUGCAGCUGCAGCUGCAGCAGCAGCAGGUGCCGUUGCAGCAGCUGCAGCAGCAGCAAACGCCACUGCAGCAACUGCAGCAGCAGCAACUGCAGCAGCAGCAGCAGCAGCAGCAGUGUGAGGUUGAUAAAGAGCUGCAGCUGCUGGAUGAGAUUCAUAGACAGCUGCAAAUGAUUGAGCUGGCGGAGACACAGACAACAGAGCAGCAGCAGCAGCAGCAGCAGCAGCAGCAGCAGCAGCAACAACUGCUGCAGCAGCAGCAACUACUGCAGCAGCAACAGCAACAGCAACAGCAGCAGAUACGCGAGCAGCAGCAAAUGAUGCAACUUCAGCAGCAAGUGCCGCAGCAGCAACCACUGCAUAUUCAACAACGCAGCAACUGCUGCAGCAGCAGCAACUACUGCAGCAGCAACAGCAACAGCAACAGCAGCAGAUACACGAGCAGCAGCAAAUGA